AUGUUGAUCAAUGAGUACACAGCAAUAUCCACAUCGAAAGUCCUCCUCGUACCCUACACUGAGCACCAUGUCCCCCAAUACCACGAAUGGAUGCAAGAUCGAGCCAUCCAGGAAGCGACAGCUUCUGAACCCCUAACCAUCACCCAAGAAUACGCCAUGCAAGAAUCCUGGCGAAAGGACUCCGACAAAUUGACGUUCAUCAUAUGCCAGCCUUUGCCCAACCAAGCCGAUCAAAAGCUUCUAUCCCACCUCGAACCCAAGACGCACGAUAACGCUGAUCGAAUGAUUGGCGAUGUGAAUCUUUUCCUGUCUCUUUCGUCCGAAGUUGACACCAAUCGCGAACAUCACCAUGCCAAUGAGUACAGUGUUCAGCCUCCUUCGAACUUAUCAGGCGACGAGUACCAGUCAGCCACGACGACCAUAGAAGUGACCGGCGAACUCGAGCUCAUGGUAGCAGUCCACACGUGCCAACGAAAAGGCUACGGCCGCGCUGCCCUUCUCACAUUCAUCCGCUAUGUCUUGAUGCACCAGUCUGAGAUUAUUGCCGAGUUUCUCCAGGCUAAUUCUCCCUCAAAACUCCCUAGCACUCAUAACAGAGAUCGAAUCCAUAAGACUGCCCGCAUUCCUACCACUACCCGUACCGGUAGUAGUGCUGAAUUAUCGCUGACAGCCAAGAUCUCAACCACAAACACCGCCUCCCUCUCCUUGUUCCAGAGUCUAGGCUUCAUCAAGACAGCUGAAAAGCCGAAUUAUUUUGGGGAGUGGGAGCUUCGCUUUCCUGCAGCCAUACGUGGAGAUGGUCCAAAUUCCCAAACAGAGUGGGAAAGGAAGCUGGAGCGGUGGGGAGUCACGGCGUGGAGGGAGAUACGUUAUGAGUGUUGA